AUGGAGCCGAUUUCAAAGACUCAGAGAACUAUUCACGAUGACUCCAAGUCAAUGGGCAGACGCUUCGUUGACCUGGCCAAGUUUUUAUCGUCGUUAAAAAGCGAUUUAGAUCUUGCGAAUGUCACAGCCCCGCCGUUCUUUCUAGCGCCAUCUUCAGUUGUCGAGAAUCCCGGAAGUUGGGCAAAGAAACCUCUACUCUUCACAGCACCAACCAAAGAACUGGAUCCAGCGAAACGAAGUCUUUCAGUCCUGCAAUUAUUCUUGGCAGGCCUCCGAAGUCAGUUGUAUGUUGCAGGUGCUCCCAAUGUUAGUAUCAAGAAACCCCUCAAUGCCUUUCUUGGUGAACUCUUCCUUGCUUCCUGGAGCGAGGGAGACAGCGAUACCAAGUUGGUAGUUGAGCAGGUUAGCCAUCAUCCACCAAUUACUGCGAUGCACAUUUCUGCAGAUGGAAUAAGAGCAGAUGGGUAUGGACGAGUCGAGAUGACGUUUAAUGGAAACAUCAACAUUCGGCAAAUGGGUCACGCUAUUAUACACCUUGAUAAGUUUGAUGAAGAUUAUCUGGUUCCUCUAACAGACGUCACUGUACGCGGUUUCCUGUCGGCAUGUCUGUACCCAGAGAUUAUUGGUACAUACACAAUUGUCUCUAGCUCUGGGUACGUCUCGGAGAUUGACUUUUCUGGCGCUGGUAUCUUUCGAGGCAAGAGGAAUUGCUUCGAGGCGAGGGUUUAUCACAAAGAUGAGCCUAAGAAGCAUUGCUACAAGCUAUCAGGAGUCUGGAGUGAGGGAUGGAAGAUUACCGACAGCAAAGGAAAGCUGUUAGAAACAUAUACCGUGGACCCAGAGACAUCUGCCGACAUGCACAUCGAUCCAGUGGAAGAGCAAGAUCCCCGGGAGUCUAGAAAGGCAUGGGGAGAAGUCAUCUCAGCUCUGGAACAAGGGAACUACCGAGAUGCAUCUCACGCGAAGCAUGAAGUUGAAGAGGCGCAACGACAGAAGAGGAGAGAUGAGAAGCUUCAUGGAAAGACGUGGGAGCCGUUAUUGUUCCGGAGUGUACCGGGUGAUGAACAUAAAGCAUUUCAUCAAUUGGCUCAAGGGACGAAAUGGAAGCUCCAUGAGCAUGAGACAAAAGGAGUAUGGAGAGUUGAUGAUGAAGCCUUGCAGAGGAUGCGAAAGGAGGAUGGGCAGAUUACGAUUUAA